GUAGAGAGAUAAACUGGUAAAAAUAUUGUUUUGAGUCUCCGGUGUGGAAGAAGGGGAAGAAAUGUGAUGAUAAGAGAGAAAGAAAAUUAGAGAAAAUCAUAAAGAAUAAGAAAUGAAUGAACUUCAAACAGAUUCCUCUGCCUUUUCGGAGUUCGUCGAAGUUGAUCCAACUGGCAGAUACGGCAGAUACAAUGAAAUCCUCGGCAAAGGAGCUUCCAAGACAGUGUAUAGAGCAUUUGAUGAGUAUCAAGGGAUUGAAGUUGCUUGGAACCAAGUCAAGUUGUAUGAUUUUCUGCAGAGUCCCGAAGAUCUCGAGAGGCUUUACUGUGAAAUUCAUCUUCUCAAAACGCUGAAGCACAAAAACAUAAUGAAGUUUUACACGUCUUGGGUUGAUACUGCUAAUAGGAAUAUCAACUUUGUGACUGAAAUGUUCACUUCUGGCACCCUUAGGCAGUAUAGACAAAAGCACAAAAGAGUUAACAUUAGGGCUGUGAAGCAUUGGUGUAGACAGAUCCUGAGAGGGCUUCACUAUCUUCAUAGCCAUGAUCCACCUGUGAUCCAUAGAGAUCUAAAAUGUGAUAAUAUUUUUGUGAAUGGAAACCAAGGGGAAGUUAAGAUUGGGGAUCUUGGGUUGGCAGCAAUUCUGCGCAAGUCUCAUGCUGCUCAUUGUGUAGGUAUGUCUAUUUCAUGUCAUAUAAAAGAACCUAACAAGAAAAACCUGACCAAUUCUAACUCCGGUUGCGAUUAUUUUAUCUGUCACUUCUGUAUUUCCACAGGAACGCCUGAAUUCAUGGCACCAGAAGUUUAUGAAGAAUCCUAUAACGAAUUAGUUGACAUAUAUUCCUUUGGGAUGUGUGUGUUAGAAAUGGUUACAUUUGAAUAUCCUUAUAGUGAAUGUAGUCAUCCAGCGCAAAUCUACAAGAAAGUUAUUUCUGGGAAGAAACCAGAAGCCUUGUAUAAAGUGAAAGAUCCAGAAGUGCGAGAAUUUGUUGAGAAAUGUCUGGCAACAGUGUCUCUAAGGCUCUCUGCAAGGGAGCUUCUAGAUGAUCCUUUUCUUCAGAUUGAUGAUUAUGAGUAUGAUUUGGGGCCUGUGGAGAGUGGAGCAUUUGAUGGCAAGGGUCCUAUUAUCCAUCAGCCAUUUUUUAAUCUUCACCGAAGCUAUAGUAACAUGAGUACUGAACACUCAAAUUGCUUUGAAUAUGAAGGAGACUGGAUUUCUCAUCCGGUUGAGAUUGAACCUAAUGGAAUUGAACUUUUCAAGUGCCGUGAUGAUGAUGAAGCGUCCGAAGAAGAUGUUGACAUAAGCAUCAAGGGAAAGAAGAAAGAUGAUGGUGGAAUUUUCUUGAGAUUAAGAAUUGCAGACAAAGAAGGACAUAUUCGAAAUAUUUAUUUCCCAUUUGACAUAGAGAUGGACACAGCAUUAAGUGUAGCAACUGAAAUGGUAGCAGAACUUGACAUUACUGAUCAGGAUGUUACCAGCAUAGCUGAUAUGAUAGAUGGGGAAAUUGCUUCCUUGGUACCUGAAUGGAAACCAGGACCAGGAAUUGAAGAACCUAACCAUUUUGUAAACAAUUUCUUUUGUCACAAUUGUGUGUCUAAUGAUGCUUCUGGUGGGAGUAUUAUGGAUUUUCAUUCACAUAAUCAAGUUGGAAAGAACUCUCAGCUUCCUCAAUGCUGUAGGCAUGGUUGUACUUCGAUGCAUGGCCGGUUCGAGGAGAUAACAUUCCCAUCUGAGUAUGACAAUCAUGUUAGAGGGGACACAGUCACAUCUAUUGAAUCAAACCAACCGGAGAGCCAGCACUAUCAGGAGCUAUGGAAUCAUCAAGAAAGUUGUGAACUGAGUUCAGUAGAGUCUGAUCAAAGCCAUUCUGAUGAGCAAUAUGAACAGCUAGAUAAAUCAGUAUUGGCAGAAGACAAAGGAAAGGGUGUUUUGGAAAACAAGUUUGCACAUGAUCCAGGAAACCCCCCACCAAGUUUAUCUGGGAAUUAUUUGUCUACUAUCAGUUUGUUAUGUCCUGGUUCAGGGAGUGAAUAUGAGAUAGAGGUUCAACAAGAACUGAGAUGGCUCAAAGCAAAACUCCAAAUGGAGUCAAGGGAUCUCAGGGAUAAAAGGUUUGGUGCAGCAGCCAAAUCUUCUUCACAUUCUAGUAACAAAGUCCACAAAACAGAACAAGGCAUUGUGCUACCAUUGACAGAAACAGUAAACGGAGUGAAAAAUGGAAUUCACUUGAAACCCCUCUGUAAUUUCUGGGAUUAUGAUUCCAGUUACCGUUCUCUAAUCCAAAAGAGCCACUCCAAUUUGGACAUCCAAAGUCUCCAAAAUUGUGAGGUGAUGUGUUCUCACAAAGAAGGUAUUAUUAGGGCUACUGCCAAGAGUUUUUACACAGGGUCACUUCGAGACACUCCAUACAGAACAGUUUCCCUUCCCGUUGAUGCUGUGGAUAUAUAAUUCUAUGACACAGUCCUUGAAUUCUUUUGUGCAUUAUGUACAUACAAUUCUAGAGGCUAUAUGAUUGCAACACCCCCACUUUUUCCUUUCUUGGAAUUUCAAUUUCCCCACAUAGAUACAAAAACAUUUUCUUACACAAACUUGUCAAUAUGCAUCACAGUGUCGUAUAUUCAGAACAUGACAGAUUUUUUGGGUGA